CUGGCGCCCUGGGCCCGGGAGGAGCCGGCCCGGCCCCGACGGCACCGGCGCCCAGCAGUCCGCGUGCUUCGUGCUGAAGGACGAGCCAUGGGGCAGGCGAUCCAGCAAACGAACGCAACUUUCCUGCGCGAUGUCUGGGACACUUGUUAGGCACUUGUGUGCGUGGGGACAGUUCCCGUUCGCUGCGUGAACCUGUGACCCAAAACCGUGUCCCGGCUGGAAUGCGCAGGCGGUGCAGACGCUGCUGCCACCACCCACGGCUCGCACGGGACAUUGCCCUGCGUGCGGAGGAAAGGUUGAGUCUGCUUUGCUCUCAGGUACCGACUUCCAUGUGCAAGACAACAUAUGAGGAGCUCAGUGUGGGACCCUUAAAGCAGAUUGUGACAUAGACUUUGGUUAUACUUUUUACAACUGCUGAAGCUAGAAAUCCGAGCGGAUGCCUGUGCCACCACCGCCACCACCACCUCCUCCUCCACCACCUCCACCACCUUCUGGAGGGCCCCCUCCACCACCACCACCACUGGCAAGCUCAGAGAUACCAAAAUUGCGAAAGGAAGACCAAAAAGCACGAAACGCACUCUUGGCUGACAUCCAGCAGGGAACUCGCCUAAGGAAAGUGACCCAAAUCAACGACCGCAGUGCACCACAGAUUGAAAAACCCAAAGGAGCUAACAGAGAUGGAAGUAACCCAGCUGUUAAUAAAGGUGGCUCUCAGCAGCCUCUGGGAGGUUUAUUUGCUGGUGGCUUUCCUGUUCUCAGACCAGCAGGCCAGAGGGACAUGACAGCAGGAAGGCCUGGAGUGCGAGCAGCGUCCCCCAGACCGCCCGCACCGCCGAGCAGCGGCGCUGCUAAGGCGAGCGGCAGCCCCUCGCACCCGGCCGAGGCCCCGAGGGCCGCGGUGCCGCCGGAGCCUCCCGGCCCCUCCCGAGCCGCAGCGGGAGCGGGCCCCGGGCGGCCCAGCCUGCCCGCUCCCCCCCCACCGCCUCCUGCUUCCAGCAAGCCUUCCCUCACCUUCCCUCCUCCUCCCCCUCUGCCCCCUCCGGCCGAUCGCCCCGCCAAGGCGGUGACCCCCGGCGCUGCUCCCCCGCUCCCUCCCCCUCAGGCUGACAAACCCGCCAAGCCUCAAGCAGGCCCUUCGCACCCGCUCCCUCCUCCUCCUCCUCCUCCCCCUCCGCCUCCCCCGGUGCCCUCCUGCGGGCUGCCGGGCAGGGCCCCCGAGCCCUCUGCGGCCGCCGCCGCUCCGGCCGAAGGCAGGGACUGUGCCUUGCCCCCGCCGCCGCCGCCGCCUCCGCCGCCACACGCGCCCCCCAACAGGCUCUCCUUUCCGCCGUCGCCGGCCUUAAGCGGUGCCGACCUGCCCCCGCCGCUGCCCCCCAAGGCUCCCCACUUGCUGCCACAGCUGCACAAGCCAAGCAACAUCCAGUCCCUGCCGCUCCCGCCCACCCCCGGGCCCCCCCAGCCUGCAGCCGCGGUGGACACCAGGAAGAAGAGACCCGGCCGAGGCGCAGGAACCGGUGCUGGGAAGCUGGUCACACCUCCACAGCCACCAGCAAGAUCCCCAACAACUGAACUUACAAGCAAGUCUGGAGUCUCAGGCUGGGCUACAGCUCAUGACCCCUACACACCACUUAAAAAUGGAAACAUGCACAUCAUUGAUGACUUUGAAUCAAAAUUUACUUUCCAUUCUGUGGAAGAUUUCCCCCCACCUGAUGUAUUCAAACCAUUUCAGAAAACAUAUCCCAGCAAGAUAGCCAGAGAUCCCUCAAAAAAUCCUCCAUUAAGAACACAUGUGAGAUGAGAAGAGUCUUCUGAUGCUGUCUGGAUUAGUAUUUAAAAAGAAGAUCAGGAUAAUAUAUAAAACAGAAGGGGUUCCUGUUGCAGUGAUUGAUUGUACUUGAGUCACAAGUACUGCAAUAUUAACAUUUCUAUAAACUGUAAAACAAUAUAAAUGAUACCUUUUGAACUGGCCUACAUACUUACAGGAAUGUUAGUACAGGCUUUUAAAUUACUGUAUAUAGGUGAAUAUUUUUUAAGCAAAGCAGCAUAAAAUUUUAAUUCUUUGUAGUGUUGAAACAAUUCUCAUUCUUAUCAUACUGACAAUGUUACCUCAGAAUGUUUCGUGCUAUGUGCCCAUAGUUCUUUUUUCCCCUUCCUUUGUAAUUUUUUGAAAUUCUCCAGUUAUUAUUGGGACCUUUUUUCAAUGAGAUGUCAAACUAAUAUACUACCUUUAGUCUGUUUUUGUGUUUCUUCACUUCUUCCAUUCUGCCUGGCCACAGAUUGCAGCAGGAUGUCAUGAAGAGUUGGGCCCACAAUCCUUUUCUCAUGAAGCAUGAAGAGGAGAUGCCAAGCAGCUGUGGCUGCUAAUGAGCCUACCUCCUAAUGAUUACAUAUCCUUAUAGGAUAGUGUCUGAAGAAGCCCAGCUGGGUAGGGUGGUCAUAGACUUGACAAAGAUGACAGAACCUUUCCAAAGCAGAAGAAAAGGAAGUUGCUGUAUUGUAAGCAAGAAAAAGAAAUGGUGUGUGUGUAUACACGUGUCGUGAUGAGUGUGUGUAAGGACACAUGUCCUGUCUUUUCCUGCUGGCAAAGUGGAUAUUUACCAUUUCUGUGAUAGAUUGCCUUUACCCAGCAAUUACAAGGCCUUUGAAUGGGGAGGGGGGCUCUACAUUUUAAACAGACAAUAGGACAGGCUAUUCGCCAGCAGUGAAGGGUCAUUGUCCAAAACACACCACGUGGAACACUCAGCCCCCAAAGUGUUUGUUGUAUCAAACAGAGUUGGUUGGGAAAAGUAACAGCUUGGCAGUGGACAAGAUUUGAACUGCUGCUUUUAAUAUUCAGACCUUGGGUAAGGUCUUUGGAUCACAGAUGUUCAGAUCUGGUCCUAAGAUGUCUACUUCUAAAAAGAAUUGCCCUUACUCUUGUGCAUUGGGAGGAGUGGGGCAGGAGCGGGUGAUUCUUCCCCUGUGCUUAGCACUGGUGAGGCCAUACCUGAUGUGUGGCCACAUGUGCUAUGUCCAAAUUCUGGACUCCCCAGUGCGAGGAAGACAUGGCUGUGGUGAGGAGUCCUACAAAGGGCCACAAAGGUGAUGAAGGGACUGGAACAUCUUUCCUAUGAGGAAAGGCUGAGAGAGCUGGGACUGAUCAGCCUAGAAAAGAGGAGGCUCAGAGGGGAUCUCUCCAAUGUUUAUAAAUACUUGAAGGGAGGGUAUAAAGAUGGAGCCAGACACUUUUUCUAUGGUGUCCAGUGUCAGGACCAGAAGAAAUGGGCACCUGCAACACAGAAGGCACUGUCAGAACUUCAGGAAAUGCAUUUUGAUUGUGGGGGUGACAGGCUUGGAACAGGUUGCCCAGGGGCCUUGUAGAAUCUCACUCCUUAAAGCCACUCAAAAGCCAUCUGGACUUUGUCCUCAGCAACUGGAACUAGGUGGCCCUGCUUGGCCAGGGGUGCUGUACCAGAUGACCUAUAGUCUCCCUUUCAAUCCCAACCACCCUGUGAUUCCCAUUUUUACAGCUUUUCUGCAUUCCCGGACCUGGGUUACAACAACCCAAGGCACCGCUGGGGGUAGAGUGGCUGGAAAUCUGCCUGCCACUAAAGGAUCUGGGUGUGCUGGCUGGCAGUGAGUGGCUAAACAAGCUGAACAGGGACCAGUGUGUGCUGAGGUGGUCAAGAAGGCAAGCAACAUCCUGGCUUGAGAUUCAGAGGGGGCCUUAUUGCUCUCUAUAACCCCAAAUGAUACUGUACCCAUGUGGGGGUCAGUCACUUCUCUCAAGUGACAAAGCAGGGGCCAAGAGUAAAUGCCCUCAAGCUGUGCCAGGAGAGGUUUAGAUUCUGUAUUAGGAAAAACAUCUUCACCAAAAGGGUGGUCAGGCAUUGGAACAGGCUCCUCAGGGAGGUGGUGAAGUCACCAUUUAAUACCUACAAGUAUUUAAAAGACUUUUAGGCACUCAGGGACAUGGUUUAGUGGUGGACGUGGCAGUGCUGGGUUAAUUAGUUGCAUUAGAUGAUCUCAAGAGUUGUUGUCCAAUAUAAAUGAUUUCAUGAUUUCACCAGCCUGAAAAAGAAUACUGCUGUUCCAGGAUGAGUCUAGUGCUAACAGCCAGGCUAUUCCAGUUACAGCAUUAAUUUAUAUAAUUGCCAUCUAUUCCCCUCAGUUAGAGGUGUAAUAAUGUUAUAGAUCACUGAUGAUCUUUCCCCAUGGUGUUGCCUUUGAACAAAACUAUUUGGAAAAGACAAGUAACUGAAUCUUUACAUCCCUGCUUUUCUCUUUGUUCUUACAGCAGCUCAGUUAUGCUGGAACUAUUCUCACACACAUGCACAUUCAUGGUGUGAGAUGGUGUAGGGGUAAGAAGCUCUUCACCCACAGGACUCCAAGAAAGCAACAUUUGUCUUUUUUUUUAGCCUAUGUACUUGCUGUACAUCAUGUGAAAAACAAAAAGAAAAAAAAAUGAUGAUGCUUUGACCAAUACUUGUCAGUAGUUGCUUGAUAAAUAUGCAUGAAUAUAGUAACAAAGAAGAAUCUACAUUGCCUCUCAAACAACUGGAAAAGUUGAAUAAUGUUUUAAAAACUAUUUUGUUAUAGUACUAUUAAAGGUGGCAUAUUGUUGGCUCUCAUUUAUUCAGAAAUUUGUGUACUGCACUGUAGUAAGUACCUUCCUAAGGAUUUUAAAACUACCCAAUGCUGGACUACCUGCCAGCAGAUAUAUAUAGGAGAAGAAAAAUUUACUUCAUUUUUUUAUUAUGGUUUGGGUAUUUUAGAAAUAAACAGCAUCUUUCAGGGAUGAAAUUAGAAAUCCUGUGUCUUAUUUGCUAGCAUUUCUGAAAUGUUUCCAUAUAUUUGCCAUUCAAGAUCCAUUGAACUUCUGGAGAUACAGAGAAUCACAGUGGCUGUCACUCUGAGGCAGCUGAUCCCACAAGUCCCACUGUAUUCUUCCACUGUGACACACCUCUGUUCAAGACCACUGCAAAUAUUAAGACCGUGCAGUUGCUCUGGUUUCUACUAACUGCACCCAACCAUGUUGCUGUACCACAGCUAUUUUUUCUUUUUAAAUGCACUAUACAACUGAAGUAAUAUCAACAUACUAUUAGAAAAUUACUACCUGGAUCACCAUGCUCAAAACAAUUUAUUCAUUCUGUCAUAUAAGCAGUUCCACAUAAGGACAUGAACGCCCAUGAGAUAAUUGCAAGUGUUGCUUUCUUCUUUGUUAAGAAACAGGCAAAUAAGAUAUAUGAUGUUUUUAACAGGAACACCCACUUCUUUCAUGUUGCUUCUCUCCCAUCUCUCAAAGAUUAAAGAUCCAAGUUGCGCAAAAUAACUGUGAGAAGUGGUAUAUCCCAAUUUUUGUCCUCUGGCUGAGGCAAUAAUUUUUUCAUCUCUGUUCCCUGGUGGUUCAGAAAUACCCAUCUACACCUAUCAGCAGAUGCGAUUUCAUGGGAAAUCCAUUUACUUCAGUUAUGGGCAGCCGGAAAAAGCACGCUUCUCUUUCAGAAGGCUUCAUCCCCCACAAUGUUCUCUGAAAUCAAAUGUGCUUCUUGCAGUCAGCCACUCCCCUGGUUACCAUACAGAGCAGCUAAAUUUCAGGGUCUACUUGAAUAUUUUCUUCUCCUAUUGUCUACACUUUAAAAUACUUAGAUACAGGAGUUGGUCCUGUGAUAGACAGCAUGGGAGGAUUUUAUUGUGAAUGAGAGAUUAUUAGGUAGGCCAUAAGAGAAAAUAUAUUCUUCCUUGUUUUCUGUAAGUGAAAAGGCCCCAUGUUUGUUUGUCGAAUUGCCAUUUGUCAUAUAAGACAAUACCAAAGUAAUGAGUUUAAAUGGAACAAUUUCAUUUAAAAAAUCCUGAGAAUGCAGUGUGCCAAUAUGGCAAUGACUAUUUCCCUGAUGCACAACUCUUACAGUUUCAACUUGAGGUGUUUCUGCUUUCUAAGGAGCUUUUACUUCCUCAAUAUAAAAGCCUGUGGUUCUUCACCAUCCACUUUCCCAAACAGCGAAGAAUUUUAACUCCAUGUUAACUUCCACUUACUAAAGACAUGGACAUCAUCUUUCAACCUCCUGUAUGAAAAAAACCCACCAACCAUCUUCACUGGACACAGUGUUUACUGGUUUAAUUCUCAGUGUUUGCCCUAUCACUUCCACAA